AGAGGGAGGAAACUAGCGAGAGAGAAAGAGAAUCAAUUCAUCACAAGCAAACUGAAUUUCUAGCUGUUUCUGUGACCACCACACCACACCAGAAAACGAUCAUCAUCUUCAUCAGUCUUCAUUGUUAACUUCAAUGAGCGACGCUCAGCCACCGCCCCCGCCUCUGUCUUCAACAGAAUCGCUCAUGAAGCGCUGCAAGCCAAUUUGGCGUGUAUUCUUGAUCUAUAAUUUUGCUUUUGCAGCUUAUCUAUUUUCAAGGCCAAAGAAGAAAGACGGGACUGAGAAUCAUACCAGAAAAGGUCACAAAUUGCAAAAGGAGAAAACUGCUGUUGAAGUUCCUGAACCCCCCACAACCUCAACUUCAAUGGGUUCAAUUUUCGAUGAUGACUCGCUCUAUUUCCCUGUCUCCAUCCCUGAGGAAGUGCGGGCUCCCAUCACUGAUGAGCAACAACGUGAAAUUUUCAAAUGGAUGUUGGAAGAAAAGAGAAAGCUGAAACCCAAGGACCCUGUAGAGAAGAAGCAAAUAGAUGAAGAAAAAGCCAUUCUCAAACAAGUUCUACGUGCUGACACCAUACCGAAGUUUUGAUUCCCACUUCA